AUGCCGCUCAGGCAGAGUGCAGCAAAUAUUGCGCCAGCCAUUCGAUCGCUCAAGAGAUGCAGAUGCGGUUCCAAGAUCUCCUACCAACAACCGCAGCAACGAUGUCUUUCCUCAACACCUAUUCGCGCUGCCCAGCCGGAAAUACCACGAGAGCCGAUGAAACGGAAGUACGAACGAGCACAGGUCAUCAUCGGACUAGCAGUUACCGGUGCUCUACUCUACGACCGUUUCAUUCGCAAUCCUGUCGAGGCUGAGAUUCCUGUACAAACAGCUGCUACGCUAGCUGAGGUGGAUGAGGUGACCAGACGGAGAACAAAGAUCAGCAGAAACUCUCCUAUGCGUUUGCGCAUGGAGGCUUUGAUUCAAGAACACCAGAACCGAAUUGUCUUUGCUUUGGAACAAAUAGACGGGAAGAAGUUCAAGAGGGAUGCUUGGAACAGGAAAGAGGGUGGAGGUGGUAUCUCGUGUGUCUUACAGGAAGGGAAUGUUUUCGAAAAAGCUGGAGUCAACACAAGUGUAGUCUACGGUACAUUAAAUCGACCUGCCAUUGAAAAGAUGAGGGCCGAUCACAAGUCUUUUGUCGGCUCGGACGUAGACAAGCUCAAUUUCUUUGCUGCUGGCAUAUCUCUGGUUCUACACCCUCACAACCCCAUGGCUCCCACAGUCCACCUGAACUAUCGCUAUUUCGAGACCUCCGAUCCUCGCGAUCCAGUCAAUGCGACCGGCACGGCCAAGCAUAAUUGGUGGUUCGGAGGAGGCACUGACCUCACACCAAGCUACCUCUUCGAAGAGGAUGGACAACAUUUCCACAAAACCCUCAAGGCGGCUUGCGACAAGCACGACAAGGACUUUUACCCAAAGUUCAAGAAAUGGUGCGAUGUUUACUUCAGGAUACCACAUCGAGACGAAGCAAGAGGUAUUGGUGGUAUAUUCUUCGAUGAUCUCGACGCCAGCAGUGCUCCGUCUGCAAAGAAUCCUCAGGAAGAGCUUUUCCAGUUCUGCGUAAGCGGGCUUGAAUCUUUCUUACCGUCCUAUCUGCCCAUUGUCAAAAGACGAAUGGACAUGCCGUUUACGCCGGAGCAGAAACUUUGGCAGCAGAUUCGACGUGGUCGCUAUGUUGAGUUUAACCUAGUUCAUGAUCGAGGGACAAGCUUUGGUUUGCGCACGCCCGGAGCGAGGAUAGAAAGCAUUCUGAUGAGCUUACCACUGACGGCGAGAUGGGAGUACCUGCACCCUAUCUCAGGCACGGGCGUCGAGCCACCCAUCGAUGAGGAAGACCUUGACCCAACCGAGCGCAAGGAGCAGGAAAUCAUGAAGGUUCUUAAGACACCACGGGAAUGGGUAUAA